CGUAUGUUAUCGUUAGGGCUAGCUACUUCCGGUUAAUUCAAAUUUUCGUGUCCCUGAUUCCGAACUGCUGUUUCCGAUGAUUUUUCCAGACCCUUGACGAUUAUUGCAUUAAAAUGAAUAAAAAUCCAAAGGUUAAUCAGUCGUACAGGUAUACGGCCCAGCGAACACGAGGUAUAGGAGACAGACCUAUUCGCUUCAAAUGUUCUCUACAAAAUACCAUCAUAGAUGUGUUGCGAUCUAAAGGAUGGGCAGAGGUUCGAGAAGAAGACAAUGAAUUUGAUUUCUUCUGGGCGGAUCGAGGUUGGAUGAAGGAGUACUUUGAUCAGUGCUUCAUGGAGGACCAUGUCCGAAUCAACCAUUUCCGUAACCAUUAUGAGCUAACGAGAAAGAACUUGAUGGUGAAGAACCUGAAGAGACAUCGUAAGAUGCUGGAGAGAGAAGCUGGCAAAAUAGAGGCUUCAAAAUGUGACUUCUUCCCUAUGACCUAUGAACUCCCUUCCGAGUAUCACAUGUUUGUGGAUGAGUUCAAGAAGUAUCCUGGUUCUAUCUGGAUCAUGAAACCUGUGGCUAAAUCUCAGGGUAAAGGCAUCUUCCUCUUCAGGAAACUCAAGGACAUAACAGACUGGAAGAAGAGUGACACCUAUCGUCCUAAAGAGGAGAAGAAUGAUGACAAAGAACCUGUAGAGACAUACAUUGUAUCCAAGUACAUUGAGAAACCUUACCUUAUAGGUGGAAGAAAGUUUGAUCUCAGGAUCUACGUUCUUGUAAAUUCAUACAUCCCUCUGAAGGCUUGGUUGUAUCGGAGUGGCUUUGCAAGGUUUUCCAACGCUCGCUUCUCCCUCGAUUCCAUUGAUGAUUCCUAUGUUCAUUUGACCAACGUAGCCAUCCAGAAGACCGCACCAGACUAUGAUGCAGAGAAGGGCUGUAAGUGGUCCAUGCCUCAGAUCAAGAGAUACUUCACAGCCAAACAUGGCAUCGAAAAUGUGGAGCAGAUGUUUCGGAGUAUUAAUGAUAUCUUCAUCAAGAGCCUUCAGAGUGUUCAGAAAAUCAUGAUCAAUGACAAGCACUGCUUUGAGCUCUAUGGUUAUGACAUCCUUAUAGAUCAAGACCUGAAGCCGUGGCUGAUAGAAGUGAAUGCGUCUCCGUCAUUGACUGCCAGCAGUGAAGAAGAUUACAUCCUUAAGUUUGGUCUUCUGGAAGAUCUCUUACACAUCAUUGAUAUGGAAGGAAGAAUGACAGGUAAGGAGAAGAGGAUAGGAGGUUUUGAUCUGAUGUGGGAUGAUGGACCCGUAAUGGCUGAAGAAGGUGGUGUAGACUGUAUCAGUCCUCCCUCAUACUCAACAAACACAUUUCUAGGCUGCCAUAAUGACAGGAAGAGGCAACUGAGGCAACUCUUCAAGCAACUAGCUGCUCAACGAAAGACGUGACAUCUAUCUCGCUCACCUCUGUCAUAAACUGUUGUUGCAAACUACCUAAUGUGUGCUAUUUGAUGAAGUCAGCUAGAUGCUGUAUGUUUGAUACAACUCAAAGACUUUGAGAGCAGUACAGUCACAGGCUGCGAUAUGGCACCUGAAGCUUCGAGGGGAACAUUCCACAAUGAAGAUACUAGUGUCAAGCUACAACCCUCAGAGCUUGGAUGUGUUACAUCUUCCCAGCUCUCUGUUCUUAGCAGAGAAGUCGUUGAGCUGAUUAAACUGCCAUGAGAUGUUAUCGUUUCCUUUGAAAGUUUUGUACAGACUGCCUGACCCCAGCGAGACAAGAAAUGUCUUUAUUAGCAGGUGGUCUUAUGCCAUAGGCCAAGUUAAUAGUAAAAGUGAAGAAAUGUGUAGUUUCACAUAUUUCAAACAGUACAUAUAAAUUGAAAUAAUACUGAUCUGCAAAAAGCAUUUUAAAAGGGAUAGAGUGGAGCCAAACAUUUGACUUGUUGUUGCUGUUUCUUGAUGCCUCUACCUGUCUGGACUAUUUUUUUUUGUCAGGAGGGAAUUUUAUUUUUUCUUCAUCAUUUCUCUUUUGUACCAGAAUAUCAAAUUAUACAUAUAUAGGAAAUGCAUUUGGUAUAAGCGUGAUGUUAUGAGUACAUUUAAUAUACCUGUAAGGAAUUGCAAAUUGGCAUUGCAAUGUAUGUUGAUCAAAGCAUUCUUUACAGGUCAAUUGUUAAUGUGUUCAUUACUAAUGUUGGUAUUCAAAAUUCAUAAAAAUCCAUCCAUAAUAUUGCUAUUUCUGAAGUUCUCCAACACUAUGUAUAAUUACCAAAUAUAUAAGUUGGCUAGACCUA